AUGGCGACAGGAUCGAAUAGUGCUCGGCGCAUUGCGUCGCUGAUGCGCCCUUCCCGACUUGAUUCCAGCGUCUGCAGAAGCUGUCAAGAGUCCCUUGGCCGUCGCAAUUAUGCCUCUGCUGCGACCGCACCUAGUGGAGUGGCUUCCUCCACUGCCCCCGUAUCUACGCCAUCUUCGACCGGCGAACCCGUUUACACUAUUAACGCCGGCGUGGUUCUCUCCCGUCCUCCCCAAAUUACCCGAGACCUUGAGCCCUUUGAGAAAGCUUUCUUCUUCUACCAAAAGCGUCUGAAUGAGCGUCUGGCCCUUCCUUUUACCAAAUACUUCUAUUUCAAGCGUGGUACGCCAGCAGAUGUGGACUGGAAGAACAAGAUCAAGGAGCGCCGAACUCCGGCACGCGACGUUGGCAACUACAACGCGUAUGACAGCGAUGCUUGGAAUGAUGAGCUGCUUCUUGGCGCAAAGGAGUCCGAGCCCGAUCACAUGGUGGAGGCGUUGGUGCACGACGCCGAGACCACGGCCAACGCGACUUCGCAGGACACUAGCAAGAAAGAAGAGAUCCCCAGGCCGUUCUCGCGGGUGACAGAGGCAGACAAGAAGGGUGACCAAAGAAGUCUGAACCGACUGCUCUCACGGACUCUCUAUCUGCUUGUGCAGUCAAAGGAGGGCUAUUGGAAGUUCCCCAGCAUGCCAAUUCAGAAAGAUGAGACUUUGCGCGAGGCUGCGGAACGAACCCUUGCCCAAACUGCCGGUGUCAACAUGAACACCUGGAUGGUCGGCUUCCACCCCGCCGGCCACCACGUCUACACCAACCGCAAGCCCCACGUUGACCAGGCGACCGGUGCUGUGACCCACGGCGAGAAGACCUUCUUCAUGAAGACCCGCAUUAUGGCCGGCCAGGCGGACCUUUCUUCCAGCGCGGAGCAGUUGAAGGACUUCAAGUGGCUCUCCAAGGAAGAGAUUCCAAAGUACGUGCUGCCACAGUACUACAGCCAUGUCAAGAACAUGCUCGCGGACCGGUAG